CCUUUAUAUAUUACAAGUUAUCGUUAAUUUUCAGGUUAUGGAUAGUGGACAACCUAGCGACCAAAAUCAGGUAGCAACUUUUGUGAUGGAUGUGGGAGGGGGCGCCGGCGUGCAGCAAGUUUCGUUAGCCUGUUUUGACUGCCAUCUCAACCUGACUGGGCACCGGUAUAUCGUAAAAGAUGAGAAACCUCACUGCAUCAAAUGUUAUGAACAAAUUUAUUCAAAUUCAUGUUUUGCGUGCAAGGGCAAAAUUGGAACCGAUCAGAAGGAUUUAUCAUACAAAGACAAGCAUUGGCACGAUCAAUGCUUCAAAUGUCAAUCAUGUUCCAUUAAUUUGGGAGACAAAUCAUUUGCUUCAAAAGAGGACGCUGUUUAUUGUCCGGACUGUUAUGACAACAAUUUUUCUCUAAGAUGUGAUGCAUGCAAUAAUGUUUUCAAAGGAGGUAUGAAAAAGUACGAGUUUCAAGGUAAAAAUUUUCAUGAGCAAUGUUUUACCUGCAAAGUUUGCAUGCAGCCGAUUGGUGUUAAGACGUUCAUACCGAAAGAUCAACAGCCUAUCUGUGUUCCAUGUUAUGAAGAAAAAUUUGCACAGAGAUGCGUUCAGUGCAACGGAGUCAUCAACAAAGGUGGUAUUACAUACAAAGAUACACCAUGGCACAAGGAGUGUUUCACUUGCACGAACUGCAAAAGACAAUUAGCCGGAGAAAAAUUUACAAGUCAGAACGAUAAACCUUUUUGUGCUGAAUGUUUCGCUCAGUUGUUCGCAAAAAAGUGUUGUCGCUGUACGAAACCUGUUACAGGUUUGGGUACCACGAAAUUUAUUUCUUUCGAUGAUAGGCAUUGGCAUAAUGAAUGUUUUCAAUGUUACAAAUGCACCAGCUCGUUGGUUGGAAGAGGUUUCUUGGUCAGUGGGUUGGAAGUUCUGUGUCCUGCUUGCGGAAGAGCUUAAAGAAAAAAAUGAUAAAUAUUCGAAACAAAAUUUAUGAAAAUUUGCUUUGAUCUUAGAUGUUUUGUGUAGUUUAUUUAUAUUUAAAAUCAAUUUCAUGAGUGUCAAUCUUACGUGAAAUUUCAAUUUUAUCUAGUAUAACUAAUUAAUACACAUAAAUGAACACCAAUUACAUAAAUAGAUAAACUUUAAAACGGCGUUCAGUAAUUUCAGAUACACUGUCGUAUUUAAAUUUAUUGACCUGGCUAUAGUUCAAUGAACUUUCUUCACCAAAUGUUUUUAAAUUAAUAAAUACUGCAUUAAGAUGUAAAAUAUUUAAAUGCAUGUGGUUGGUAAAAUUUAUACUCCAAGUGGCUUGUUUCUGACGUAGCUAUAAACAUUGUGUUGAUAAGAAGAGCUUCAAGAGCAUUAAGUCGAUUUUCAACUGACAACAUAACCAUCAUUUACAGAACUCAAAAUUUUAUUUGCAAAUAUUUCUAUAGCUUAAUCAUUACUUUUAAUUAAUGCUAAAAUUAAGUCAUCUCUACAAACUCUUUUGAUUUCUGCUUGUACACAUCUGACAAAUUACAAAGUUAGUAGUCAAGUGUUCGCGUUUAUUGUUUUGCUAUAAGUUUUAAUUCUGUCUGUAGUCUAGCUGUUUUCAAUAAAAAAUUGAAAUUAUUUUUUUAUGAAUUUCUAUUUUCAAACAAAAUUAUGCUUGUUCAUUU